AUGAAAUACCUGGGUUUAACUCUGGAUUCGCGGUGGACCUUCCAGGACCACUUCCGCCUUCUUCUGCCCAAAGCCUGGGACAUGGCGAUGGCUUUGGCGCGUCUUACCACCAACAUUGGUGGCCCCGGCGAGCGACGGCGAUGUUUAUACGCGACGGUGGUGAUGUCGGUUGCCUUAUAUGGUGCUCCGAUUUGGGCGCAGACUGUGGCCGACAACCGAGGGAUCCUGAGGGAUGCGCGUAGGCUACAGCGGCAGCUUGCCCUCAGGAUUAUCCAUGAGUAUCGCACCAUUUCUCACGAGGCUGCAGCUGUCCUCUCAGAGAUGGUCCCUUUCGAUAUAAUUGCGAAUCGAUUGAGAAUGUCUUACCUUCGUCGGCGGGAUAUCAUAGCUCGAAAUGGGGUUAUUGCGCCUCGGGUGAGCUUAAUGUUGAUCGAGAUGGAGCGUCGUCGCUGUCUCGAAGUGGAGUGA